UCCACUGUGUAGAAGAAAACCCCUCUCCCUUCUCUCAGUCAUGGCGUUUCCGUACAUGGAGGCAGUCGUUGGUUUUAUGAUACUUGUGUACCUUUUUGAGACAUAUCUUGAUUUGCGGCAGCACACUGCUCUUAAGUUGCCAACUCUUCCAAGACCUUUGGUAGGAGUAAUCAGUCAAGAAAAAUUUGAAAAAUCCCGUGCUUAUAGCCUUGACAAAAGCCAUUUCCAUUUUGUGCACGAACUUGUAACCAUAGUUAUGGACUGCGCAAUUUUGUACUUUGGGAUAUUGCCCUGGUUUUGGAAGAGGUCUGGAGAGUUUUUGGUGUAUGCUGGCCUCAAUGCAGAAAAUGAGAUAUUACACACUCUUGCAUUCUUGGCUGGUGUUAUGUUUUGGUCACAGAUAACUGAUUUGCCAUUUUCUUUGUACUCCACUUUUGUCAUUGAGGCUCGCCAUGGUUUCAACAAGCAAACAAUAUGGUUAUUCUUUAGGGACAUGAUCAAAGGAGUUGUCUUAGCCAUAGUGAUUGGUCCACCUAUUGUAGCUGCUAUCAUCAUUAUAGUGCAGAAAGGAGGUCCUUACUUGGCCAUAUAUCUCUGGGCAUUUAUGCUCAUUGUAUCUCUUGUAAUGAUGACCAUUUAUCCAAUUCUGAUCGCCCCGCUUUUCAACAAGUUCACUCCCCUUCCGGAAGGAGAUCUUAGGACCAAAAUUGAGGCUCUCGCUUCAUCUCUCAAAUUUCCUUUGAAGAAGUUGUUUGUUAUUGAUGGAUCAACAAGGUCGAGCCAUAGCAAUGCAUACAUGUAUGGAUUCUUUAACAACAAAAGGAUUGUCCUUUAUGACACUUUGAUACAGCAGUGCAAAAAUGAUGAAGAAGUUGUUGCUGUAAUUGCCCAUGAACUGGGGCACUGGAAGCUUAAUCAUACAAUGUUCUCUUUCAUUGCUGUUCAGAUCCUGACACUUUUGCAGUUUGGAGGGUACACUCUUGUUAGGAACUCUAAAGACCUCUUCCAGAGUUUUGGCUUUGAUACACAGCCAGUCCUCAUUGGACUAAUCCUGUUUCAGCACACUGUGAUACCUCUCCAGCAUCUUGUGAGCUUUUUACUUAAUCUUGUAAGCCGCGCUUUCGAGUUCCAGGCUGAUGCUUUUGCGAAGAAGCUUGGUUAUGGCGCACCUCUUCGAGCUGGUCUUAUCAAACUGCAGGAAGAGAAUCUUUCAGCCAUGAAUACUGACCAUUGGUAUUCCGCUUACCACUAUUCGCAUCCUCCCCUCGUCGAAAGAUUAGCUGCUAUCGACGAACCCGAUAAAAAGACUGACUAAGCAUAAGUACGAGCCCCCUCUGGCCUAUUGACUAUACAGUUACUCGUCCUAUACUUGUUUCGUGACUGCUUCAAUAGUAAAAAGGUCUGUAAUCUUGUAUCUGAACGCCACAUGUAUUGGCAGUUCUUUGCUCACUUGUAACGAAAGUCGGGUUAGCAAGAGGAAAUAGCAUAAUGAAGUUCAGUAUGUGGCGAAGAGAGUCCCCCAUGUUCAUCUGUAGACCAUAUGCCAUAUCAACCGUGUUUUUGCAUUCAGAGCAGCUUGUAUCAUGUUUCUUAUCAUUCAACUGAAGGCUAGGUUUUCGUCUUGGGUACACUUGUUCAGUUCUUAGUUUAUAAAUUAUUGUGAUGUGGAUCCUUCAAGAUUAUUAUUAUUAUGGCGUCAGCAAUUCAAAUUUUAGGUGA